UCUUGAGAAAAACAUAUGGACGGAUACGUUCAUUGUGUGCAUGCCUAGAGACUUUCACUGGAGUGAUGGAAAUGGACAGAGUUCAGCCAGACAUCAAAUACGAGUACUGCGACAGACCAGGAGCAGAUCAAGACAGGAAUGAAAACUUUUAUGGCGAUGAGAAAACGCCAUCACAGCUCGGGAGCAGCAUCAAAGCCACGGUUCAGAAUUACAGAAGUAGAUGUUUCGUGUUGAGCGCCGCGGGUCUCGGACUCAUCUGCGUUUUCUCCAUUCUAGUGCUGCAAAUCCAGAUGAAAGCGGAGAGAGACGUGAAGUCGAGUCAGAAGAACAUGCUUCAAGAAUUUAACGAAACUAUAAACCUGUUGCAGGUCAGUUAUAGUCGACUAACAACUGAGAAAGAUCAACUCCAGAACGACUGCAGAACAGACAAAGAAUUAAAACUGAGUUACAUGAACAAAGUCGAAGAAUUGAACAAAACCGUAAACGACAUGCAGGACAGUUACAGUCGACUAACAACAGAGAAAGAUCAACUCCAGAACGACUGCAGAACAGACAAAGAAUUAAAACUGAGUUACAUGAACAAAGUCGAAGAAUUGAACAAAACCUUAAACGACAUGCAGGACAGUUACAGUCGACUAACAACAGAGAAAGAUCAACUCCAGAACUGGUUCAACUCCAUCGAGGCCGAACUGAAGAAGAGGAACUCUGAAAAAGGAUACCGCUUCAUCGAUGACAAGAAGAGCUGGACUGAGAGCAGACAGUUCUGCAGGGAUCGUGGUGGAGAUCUGGUUGUUAUCAACAGUGUCGAGGAGCAGAGAUACAUAUCUUCAGUUGUCAAGGAAGUUGUGUGGAUUGGUUUGUCUGAUAUAGACAAUGAGGGGGUCAUGAAAUGGGUGGAUAACUCGCCACUAAAUAAGCGGUUUUGGGGGCAAGGUGAACCGAAUGACGACCGUGGAAAUGAGGACUGUGUCGAACUGAGUCCUGAAAAACCCACUGAGAAGAACUGGAAUGAUAUUCCGUGUUCAGAGAAAAGAAAAUGGAUUUGUGAGAAUUAGGUUUCAUCUUUUCUUUGUGACACUGCCUUCGCUUUUAUAUGAGUGUUGUUUUGUAUUUGCAUUAGUUGCUUGCUUAUAGACCUUUUUAGCUUUUACAAUAAUUUCAACUACAUUCCAUGCAGUAAUCUUUGCUGUGUUGUGCCAUGUGCUGUACAGUGGAUGUUGAGAUCAAAUUUCUCUAUAAGACAUUGAUAUUAUAUUUCAUUUCUAAAGAUAUAGCUGUGAGGAUUAGCUUGAAAUGUAAGCCUUUGUUCCAGUUUAAAACACAAAUUAGUCACUGGUAACUUGCAACUUGCAACAAACGGUGUGACGUCUUCACUCCCAGCUCUUGUCACUGUAUCUACGUCCUUCUUUCAAUAUAGUAUUUCCACCAUACACCAUAAAUCUGCUUCAAUAACAUUUUUAUCCCUUGGGCAGUUUUCUGGAAUACUCUAUUCUGACUGGUCAGUUGCAGAAUCCAGUGGUCUAACCUUUCCCAAUGCACAUCGCAUCUCUUUCAUAAUUUGUAAUAGUCGUAAUUAUUUGAAUAUUUAUUAUAAAGUAAGACUUCAAGCGCUUAACAUACACCCACAAAACACAUCUGCUCAUAUUGCUAUCGAUCCAUUUAAGACAUUCUUUGUAGAAGGUUAUUUAAUCAAAUAUUCAUCAUUAGAGUGUUACCGUGUGUUUUCUGUCUUUGUUUUUUUUUUUACAUAGAGAUGGUUAUAGAAAAGCAAAAGUUAAUUGAUGAAUUGGACUUUUAUGACAGGAAGUUCAAUUCGCAAAUUUAUACUUUUAGAUAUAUUGUGCCCAAAUAAAAAAAAACUGUGAGGUCACUUGAGGGAGCUUCUCUCCUCACUAUACUCGACUUUUGCGAAAAAGAUUUUUUUUUUUCUUUUUUAUAUUUACAAUAAACGGUAACACUUUAGUAUAGGGACCAAUUCUCACUAUUAACUAGUUGCUUAUUAGAUGCCUAUUUUUAGCAUAUUGGCUGUUUAUUAGCACUUAUAAAGCACAUAUUCAACAUGACCAUUCUCUACAUCCCUAAUCCUACCUAAUACCUAAACCUAACAACGACCUUACUAACUAUUAAUAAGCAACAAAUUAGUAGUUUACUGAGGCAAAAGUCAUAGUUAAUGGUUUAUUAAUACCAAGAAUUGGACCUUAAAAUAAAGUGUGACCCAAUAAACAUAUAAACAAUAGGUAGUUUAAUAUAACAACAAUAAUCUGUUUAAUUUGUCACAAUUAUCAACAAUCUGUACAUGUGUCAGUUUACUGCACUGCCACAGAAUUCCACAUUUUCAUGGAAUCAUCGUUUCUAGAAGUAUUGUGGUCAUUCCAGUCCAGUGUCUGUCAAAUCUAACAACAUCCAACCUCAGGAGACAGCAUGACAAGACACAUGAAAACUGUGAUAAAAAUCCAAUUUUUCCUACACACAUUAUAUUAAAAUAUGACUGUUGUAUUGCUUAAAAAUUAAUCUGAACUUGUUUUCUCUGCAGUAUUUGAGAUCUGAAAAAAUACAGAGCAUCUACGUAUUCUGUUAGUUUCACCUGUUUCUCCAGUUUUCAUUUUCUGCAAAUAAAUGCAAACAGAAACAAUAUUUUUAUUUGGAAUUUGGGAGAAGUAUUGUCAGUAGUUCGGAGAAUUAACCUAAGCAAAAUG